GUGCAGAUUGCGGGACCACCUGUCGACUUCACUGAUUGAGUCAGCCAGUGAGGGAGGGCGGAAGAGAGUGGGGGAGCACGCUAGCCGAGGCCCCAGGAUGGCUUACUCUUUCCUUUAGUGCUUAUCCAGGAAGAGUCCUGCGACUGGAUUCUAUAACUUAUCUAACUAGUUGCCCAUAUGUCAUGUAUCGUCUUGCUGAGGGAAGACAAACAAUUCCGUAUACGUAUUUCCAGCCUGCCGUCUCGGAUUUUCUUCUAUCCAGGCUUGUUUUCUGUGCAUCUGCAUAUCUUCAUGGAUCGAUAAAGCGGAUGAAGAGUAAAAGAGAAGAUGAGGUGAGACGGGAUGACAAACACAGCAGCACAGAAAGGGAUCUGAGUGGCACUACACUGUUGUUGUAGGGAUCGCAGAAGCAGGGGUAUUUGCUUGCGUGCUUUGAUGUGGUCUGGUCGGCCGCGCUUACUGUACGGGAUCGAGGAAGGUUGAAUGAUUCGUCGAGUAAAAGGUGCCCCGCGGAACCAUUGAGAAAGGUUUGACCAGGUGUGUGCGCCUUGCCAGCAGAGGGGAGGAAAGAAACACAUGCGCAACUCACGAACUUACGACGUGGCGAUUUCAGCUGUCUUUUAGAGUUCUCCCCCUUUAACCUUUCCGAAACGCCCAAAAGGAUUUAGGUUGUUCUCAUGCAAGGAGGUGGAGCAAAAGGAACUCCUUCCUUACACAUCAACGCCGUUCCUGGGCCUUUUCCCAGGUCAUGCACAAGCCUCAGACGAUCUUCCUCGUCUGGAUAUGGUCGGACGACGAUGCGGACCCGAUCACCUCCUCCUCCUCGUCCGACGUUAGCAUAGCCUGCUCCUUCUUGAAUUUUCCCAUCCGCCUCGGAUCGCAAUUUUGCAUGCCACCCUGCUCCAUAUUGUCGGUGACUUUUGGCAAAGUCUGUGCGUCCGGCGAGACAACAAUGCUUAAAGGUCAAAUCGAUGUGUUCACCACUUCAGUGACUGCGGCUCAAGCUCAGCACACAUAAGAUCUGCUCAUAUCAGCUUGUCAUCAGCCGGCCACGUCGUCGUGGUCUUCGCAGUAGUAGGCUAGGAGGGUGUGGCAUGACAUACCUCAGAACAAUAUCCAGUUCUACCGCCGUAGACUCUUGUGGCCGCCUGAGAACGUCCGAUCUGCUGUAUACUCUCUCGGUGCAUGCGACUUCAGUCUUCAUCGUCAUCCGCAGCUCCAUUCAGAGGCUCUGAUCUUGCUGCUUCUGCUGCUCCUCCUAGACCUCGGGUCCGAAAGCGCCACUUUUCCGAAAUUAGCCAGGACCGAACAUGUUCGUGCGCAUGAUUUGUGUACAAUGUUGUGGUCGCCGACAGAAGCCGCUCGAAGCAUUGUUGGCUGUCUGCCCACCAAAUGUGAUUACAAUCCGUGAAGACAGCGUAUGAUAACUUGGACUAGCGACCUAUACACGAAACACCACAUUUGCGGGCUCACACGAUCAGUUGCAUCUGUGUCCCUGCGAAUGACGAGACAGUACUUUCUACUGUCCUCGUAGAUUGAGUGUUUACCUUGUGCUUGGGUAGUCACCUAUCUUUCGGUGUGUUAUACUUUAAUUCCGUCAAAUGUGCCAGCAGAAAUAUACAAAAAGCGAUCCACUCCGGUCGGCUCAGAUUUUGUAUUUCGAUUGACUUUCAGAAAUACCAAGAAGUGUAGAGUUGCAGCAGUCUAUGCAAAUGUCGGUGCAUCUAAGGUCGACUUC